UUUUUUUAUAGAUAUUGCCUUGAAAGCAGACAUAAAGUAUUCCUUUACAAUGUACAUGCUUAUAUUCUUUGAGAAUAGAAAUAAUUAGAUAAAUUAUUCAUUUUCUUGAUACUACUUGAGAAAGAAGGAUAAGAAGAAAACAAGUUUUGUAAACUCUUAGAAUGAAGCUGGACAAACAUAAAUAUCCCUUCUGUAUAAAUAAAUGGCCACACUUCCAUCUUUUAUGUUGUAAGGGUUUAAUCACCACACAGAUGGUCGGUCGGUCAUCUCGGGCCAGGGCUACUGGUCAAUGGGAAAGCUUUGAGAUCACUAUUGUUUGACAAGGGCAUAAGAAUUAGCGCACAAAAGAACCAAGCCUUCUUCCAGACAUCCACAGUGUAAUAUAGGGUCAUUAGAUUUGUCCACUGGUUUUAUUGAUACCCUUAAUAAAUAGCAAUACUCUUUGAUGGAAUAGUUCCAUGUAAAUACUUUUUUGUUGUUGUAAUUCAUGAAGGCCAGAGUCUAAGCACAUGUCUAGAAAAUGGUAUUUACAAAGAAGGCAUUGAAAAAGAAAAAGUGAAUUUUGAAAAAUUGUUUACUCUUUGAGAACAUAAAUUCAUUUCAAGUACUUUUGUAGAGAACUUGUAUCCUUAAAAUAAUAUUGUGAUUAUUGAAGCAGUUCAGUAUUGAUCCAUUUACUUUAUAAAAACUCAUGAACUUGGUAUGCACUUUUUAAAUUUGAAGCUACAGGAUGCAAAACGAAGUGUUAUGAAACCAUUAUUCGUGGUAAAAGAAAAAGAAAAAGAAAAGAAAAGAAAGAAAGAAGAAAGGUAACUAUUGGUCCUUGCCAGAUUGAUCAAUGUUUAUGUUUAUCCAUUCUGAUAAGGAUACAGCCCUUUUCCUUAGCUUGUACUUUUACUAGAUAUCUACAAAAGGCAAUAGGCUGCUUUGGAAAAUUCCCAGACACAAAGUCGCCUAUGAUAACCGUCUUUGUUUCUCUAACUAAAGUAGUGAUCCCGUGAAAAGAAUAAGAAAGGAAAAAAAAACCACAAUAUCAACUAGUGACAUCAUGCUGAAGAGGAAACGUAAUCUGCAAUUGUAUUUAGGAAGUAGCAACUCUGUAGCAAAAUGAGUACUAAGCAGGGUCUUAAUGUGUCCUUGCUGCUAUGCUAGAAAGUACUUUAACCCCCAAUGAGUUGUGCAGAGAAAUCUGAAAUAGUUCAUUCAGGAGGGUUAAAUGAGUAUUAUGCUAGAUAUCUUUUUGGUUUUGGUUGCCAGUAGUGGAUGGUUAGCGAAGUCGGAUAUAGUAAAGUAGGCCUUAUCUUGGUCUUCAGCGCCUCAUUUCCCACAAUCCAAUCUCCUUGGUUGUGUACGGGAUACCAGGGAAAGAGGAAGUAAGUAUCAUGGUUAUGGUGAAAACAAUUGGCUGAAGAUCGCGAGCCAACGAUCUUUCUGCGAGACUUGCUGGUGGCAGGCAUAAAGAAGUAAGAAGCCAUCUGGGUAAGACGUGUGUUACCGGGCUCUCACUUCCUCCCUGCCUGCAUGCCCCUGAAAAAAAGUGCAUCUGUGAGUGAUUUGCGGCCGAGUGAAGUUCUAGCUGUCAGCUGACGGAAUUUACUCACACCUCCCUUUCCAACUGCAGAGACGUUGGACCAGUCAAGAGCUUCAGUGUAGCAUAGUUGUGCACAGUCAAGGAGACAUUGACGUUGUUUGGCAAGCCAAUGUCUAAGGUCGAGGAUGCAUCCAGUCGCCAAGUAAAGCGACAUCGAGCUGAUCAGGGUCUACCCAGGGGCAAUCCUCACACAAAAGUCAACAGCUUUGCCAGCAUCAACGGUGUGUUCCAGGAAAAUGUCGAACACAACUCUGAAGUUUUGAGAAACUUGUUAAAUUUGAAUCGGAGCAGUCCUGCCAAGUCCGUCGGUUUGUGCAGCGAUACAGAAUCACAAGAUUCAUUUGCGCAGGACAGAGUGGCGGAGGAUCGCAGCAGUUUGCUUUAUUCGGAAGAAGAUAUUGCGGAGAGCGCAGAUAUUGAACCUAGUGGAUAUUGGCAAGAUAGAAAGUUGGAGUGCGCCAAGGUACCCAGUGAGAGUGGAGAUUCCACAGCCAUGCCCACUGCAGAAACCGCAAUGUGGGAAGAGUGUAACGGAUCAACCAGUCCAAUUCAAGAAACCAUCACAGACAGUCUCAAAGCCAAGCGUGCCCGAGUAGAAAACAUCAUCACCAGCAUGAGGCAUUCACCACCAGCAGUCGGAGCCCAGGACCCUGUGGGGUUGGAAGACAGUCUGCGCAAACCAAAGCGCAAGCAAUACCAACCACAACCCCAGCGCUGGGACUCCGGAGAUGAAGACUCCCCAAGCAAACCUUCCCGCAAACAAGAAAAAACUAAGCUCAAAGGGAUCCUAUCGCAUCUUCAAACGCAGCUGGACACACUUCAGGAGAAAUACCUCAACAUGUAUGAUAUAGAAGAUGAUGGAAAUCUAUCGGACAACUCUGAUGACAUGGAUGAUUUAAAUGAACCGAUUGACACAGGUAGUGCAAUUCAGAAAUAUGAGGUGAAUGGGGUCAGUGGAAACAGCUCACCAGUUCGCCAUCGCAAUGAUAGGAAACGGAGAGCAGAUGGAAGUAGCGUUCUAAUUGAUCGCACAACAAGUUAUAUUGUGAGACAAACACUGAAAGAAGAGCUGCCACCUCUCCUGCUCAAUGCAGUAGACUCUGUGAUGAAUAAACUAACGAAAAGCGGCAGCAGCAAAAAUGCAAGUAACAACAACUCAACCCAUACUAAGUCUGAAAUCAAUAGUAACCAGGCCAGAAAUCCAGUACUAGCCCAGAAUGCUGCUAGCCCUCCUGCCCCAGCAGCCCAGGAGUGCAAGCCAACACCUCCCCCUCCAACCCUCAUCCACCCAAGCUUCUUCAUGAGGCAUUUCCCUACACCGCUGGAGCAGCAGCAGACAGAGGCAAUGUCAUUGGUGGUCCCUAGCAGAAAGAGGGUGAGGAGUAACGACCACCGGCAUUUCCAUGCCAGCGGUGGCUUCCACCCCGGGGAUUUCCCCAUGAAACCAGAGCCUCUUCUACCGGUGAGCUUACCCACCUCGGUAGCCAUCCCCAACCCCAGUCUUCACCCUACUCUGGCUGCUAGCUUCAUGACCCCCAACAUGACUGAUCCAAGGGACCAUUUUGAAAGCCUCAGGUAUAUGUACCCAGGAAGUCCUCUCAUCGCCAACUCCCAUCUCUCGCCCCUGAACUACCUGAGUGACCACCGGUCCUCUCCUGGUGACCUCUCCCACAUCUCUUCUGGGGAGAGUCCUGCCUACUCCAUGGUCAAGCCAGAGGGACGAGACACCUCACCGCUUCACAUGCACGACAGGCCCAGCUCGGCCGAUCUCUCUGACUACUCGCCGGUCAACGGAACAUCGAUCACUUGCACCCUGACGCCGACCCACCUGCGUAAGGCCAAGCUCAUGUUCUUCUUCACCCGCUACCCGAGCUCCGCCCUCUUACGCCAGCAUUUCCCCGACGUCAAGUUCAACCGUCACAACACCUCGCAGAUCAUCAAGUGGUUCAGCAACUUCCGCGAGUUCUACUACAUCCAGAUGGAGAAGUUUGCCCGCCAGUCGGUCAGCGACAAUGUCGAGACCGCCGAAGAUCUCAAGGUGACCAGGGAUUCGGAGCUCUACCGGUCCCUCAAUCUCCACUACAACAAGAGCAAUGAAUUCACGGUACCGGAGGGCUUCUUGCACGUAUCCACCACAACAUUGCGUGAGUUCUUCACGGCGAUCAAGUCCGUUAAGGACAACGAGCCAUCCUGGAAGAAGACUAUCUACAAGGUGAUCAGCAAGCUGGACGAACCUCUUCCACCAUUCUUCAAGAACCCCAACUGCCUUGAUCUACUGCCUUUCUGACUGACCGAAGCCAGACAUAACUGGAUAAAGUAAACUUAAUAUCUUUCUGAACGAGUCCCGGAAUAUCUGAAAAAAAGACAAUCUUUUCAGAGGCCACCAUGUGAGAGCAGAAAUAUCUGGGGGAAUGUAAACUCAUCUCUUUUUUAACAUUAUCAUGCUUUAAGCAAGAGCAUUGGGAGAAAUAAUCAAUUCAAAAUAUUUGAAUGAUGAACUUUGGCAGAUUGCCUCCACGGGCAAGCUGAUUGUGUCAACUUAUUCUCCUGGCAAAUUAAUCUUUUGUAUUUGUACUUAUUACCUUCCUACUACUAUUUCUAUAUUCCAUUUUGAAAAGUCUUCUCUAUAUUCUUACUGUGUAUUUAUCCUGUGUGGUUGUGUUAGAUGAGUCGUCGGACUAGUUCUUUCUUAUCGGAACAUCACCUGUUUGUUCCGUAAUGUACAAUAAGAGAUGAACUAUACAUUUCGGUCUGUUGCUUCCUGUAAAUGUACAGCAAUGUGAAUAGAAACCAUGUCUUUCAUGUAUCUUGGAGCCCUCGACAAGUUUUCGACUCUAGAUAUCUUUCAUUACCACAAAGGUCUUUUGUAGUCGGUAAUCGAUUCCUACCCCCUACGCAUUUUUAAAAAGCUGUGACUUAUGAGUGCUCUUUCCAAACAAAGACCCAGAUGGCUGGUGUCGUUUCAAUUCAAUUUGUCACCUUUUUUCUCACUAUGUUAUACCAAGUAUGAAGUUAUCAAGUAUCUAAUUAGGCUCUCCAGGAGUUUAAUCAAAGUGAUAUAAUAACAACCCCUCAUGUUGUUGACUGAUAAUCAUGAAUGGAUUUCCACCUCAUGCUAUCUCAUGGUUCUUCUCUGAUUUUACAUCUCAUCCAAUAAGCAACUCGCUUCACCAAUAUAAAUGUUAUCACAUUCAUUGUUUGCUUCUAAGUCAACUUGCCAUCCUCAUAGAGCUGAUGCUAUCCUUUAUAUGAUAAUAAAUACUGAACACAGGAGAAGAAGAAUGAGAUGCCAGUAAUCAUUUUAUGCAGCUCUGCUGAAUAUGGUUAUGAGGAGGGUUUGUUCGCUCAUGAUUUGUCAUGAAUUUCAAAAGAUGGUAUGGCGACGGGAAAGAAGCUGGGAGGCAAGUUGAUUUAUCCUCUACACCCCUACAGACCCACGGCAAAGAGCCUGGCCGUCGUGCCAUAGGGGCUUGCAGUUGCAUGCAUUAUGUGCACCGACAACCGCAAGAACCUAUUGAUGCCAACCACAGGCCUUAGUCGACAACGCAUGCCCCCAUUGUACAUCUGCUAUCAUCUCUUUUGUUUGGGCAUCCCCACCAUUUAUACCUCCUCUCAAUCAUAAAGCACAAGUUUAUGAGCACCAUGAUUGAUGAUACAGUCUGACAAUGCUUCUAUGAAUACCUCUUUCUCCUCUUGCUUCCUCAAACUCCACGCUUGCUAUUUUCCCCUUCGCUGCUACGAGAAUGAAACUAUGUAUACGAGAGCCUGCCUGCCGUGUUAUGGGUCGAUUUGACCCGAACCAUUCAUGGUUUAUGUGAUUGCAGAAGAAUUGUGAAUUUUGUGCCAUAUCUCUCUGAAUUAAUGUUCAGAAAUAAAUAGUUUAGUAGUUUUAGUGCCAUUCAAAGCUCUGAGAGUUUCAUGUGCCAUUAUUGAAUGCAGUGCAGUGAUGAAUUGAUAUAAACAAUGACUUCUUCUUGAUUAGCUGAUCCUUCUUUGAAUAUGCACGCUUUAUUAAAGCUUUCUUCCUCAUUCUGCCUAUUAUUUCAUGUCCCAGACUGAAACAAAAAGCAUUUGAAGGCAAUUUCGGUUUUGAUAAAAGGACAAAGCCCUAAUCAUAUUUAAAAAGUUACUUUUGUACAGAGACUUGCAAGAUUAAAUUGUAAGUCUUAUGUAUCUGUUGAAUUAUAUUAAUCCAUAAUUAAUUAAUUGCAAACCAUUUAAAACAAUAUCAGAGACUACGCAACCCUAUUUUGCUGAAUCCCCCCUCUCUCUCUUCAACACAACUCCUUGAGUGCCAAAGGAAAUAGCAUAAACAAAUUAGAUUGAUGAUGAAGCAAUAGAGAAUAACAUGUCUAACAAAGCAUGAUUAAUGAAGCCAAUAAUCUUCACACCUUGGCUGUGAACGAAUCAUAUAUACCACCGACCCUCUGCUCUUCAUGUCAAGCAUCACAAUAGUCAUCCAUAAUCCAUCUUUACAGGGAAAGAAAGGAAAAGAAAUUAUAAUAAUAAACGACCCUGUCAGAGCAAUUUACUCGGAGCCAAACGUGAGAUGGAAGAAAAUUUGUUUGACAUUUAUUUUAGCUGUUGACCAUGCUCUUAUGUCCCCACCUUGAAGCUCUUUAGAAGCAAGCAUCAAGCCAAGCUUUCUGCAUGAAGCCACUUCAUCAUGCUUUGCUUUGCUUUGCUCUGCUUUGAUUUGCUUUGCUUAGUGUUGCCAAUUUAAGCAGCCCAAACCCUGGCUUCGCUCCAUGGAAUCAGGCCCAGAAUCCUCUACCGGCUUGCCCGAUUAGUUAAGCCGAAGAGGAAGACUUAUUUACGCUUUUCCAAGUUGCCACAUCAUAACACCUCGAUUUUUGGAGAGUCAAGGUGUGAGCUUGAUUGCUUUGCGUGCUGCUGCGGUCUUUUCCAGCAAAAACAAAGAAAUUAUUCCAUGUUUCCUCUUUAUCUCAUCUCAAUUAUUUUGAUGCAUGGAUGAUUCAAACACCAUCAACUCCAUAAUAUCUAAUGCCAAGUUUAUAACAACUAUUUGAUAGAAAAAUAGUCUAAUUUUAGGCCUCUAAAUGCAUGAUUAAUGGGUCCAUUGAGCUUGCCAUUAUGUGUGUUUACAACUCAUUUGAAUGAUAUGUCUUUGCCCCUCAGAAAAUGAAAUAAUUAUUCCAAAGCAAUAGUAAUUUUUUACCAGGAAGAUGUACAAUAAUCAAAACAAAUUAAGAAGAUAUGAUAUUCCAAUAAUUGUAAUAUUGUGCAUUAUUGUAAUAAAAGAUCAUGUUGAUCAGUUUGUUAUUAUAGCUAAUAUUGUGGUAUAUUUGAUUAGAAAUAGGGGAUGAGAUUCUUAAGUUGGAGAAUUCUCUCUUGAAUCCAGAUAUUUUCAAGAGGAAAUUGACCAAGCUAUCUCUACUAGUGAGGUGAUUCCCACUGAAUCAUAAACAAGAAGAGCUGUUGUGUCACAUGCUGCCCAAUCUGUUGUCUUUUGUGCCAAAAAAUAAGUGUCAUAAUUUUCUUGCUGGAUGCCAAGAGAAAAUGAAAACCAAGUUUGGGUUGGCUAGUUAUAGAGUUUGUCGUCUUAGACAGAUUAUGUAAGGAAAACUUCAGGCAAGUGACGACAUAAGAACUUCACAGACGUUUCCUCCUAUUUUGUUGGAUUAAAUAUCAUCCCUUUAGAUUUAGGGAUUGGAAUGUACGCAAAGAGACCCAGAUAUUAUUGGCAUUUAAUUCUCAAGAAAGAGAGAAAUGAGGGGGGGGGGGGAAUUACUCCCAGACAGCCAAGUAAUUGAAGGUUCAAUGUAUGCUGCAAUAUGAAAUAUUCUAUGAACGUGUGAUAUGAUGAAAGUAAUGUAUUAUAAGUGUCACCCAUCAAUUAAGCAUAUUUUAAGUUGGUAGCGUGCUGCAUCUUCGGAAUGUUUGACUUGUGCAACAAAGAAAACCAUAGGAAAACUCAAAGUCAGGGUAAAUAUUUUGUAUGUGCUCUCCAGGAUUUCUGUAGUGUUAGAUUUCAAUUGUGUGUACUUGGCUUUUUGGUAUGUCUAGGAGGUGAUGAUGAAUGUAGUUGUAGAAAGCAAAACUUUGCUUAGCGUAGACUUUAGUUGAGUUAAUAGCAGCAGGAUCAAGUAGACUGCGUACUGAGCAAUUAGCACUCAAGUGAGUCUCCCACAGUAUAGCUACCUGAGAGCUUUCGUCCGUCUGCACGUCUGAAGUGAAGUAGCUCCCAGUCAGGAACUUGCACUUCAGACUAUCAGACUGCCUGUAUAUUCCCCCCUUAUGCUAUCAGUCUUGCUGGCAAACAAUGCUUUCGAUAAACAAAACUGCUGAAGAAAAUUUAAAGACUGGUAGAUUAUUUGUGAUGUGCUGUAAAUAUAUCAUUAGAACAUGUGUGAUUUUUUAAUGGAAAAAGGGUACAAAGAUAUAUAUUUAUCCUGAUCCGUGUAUGCAUUCACUAGAAGUGCUUUUAUUUUCAAUGUUAAAGGGGCAGAAUAAAGUGAAAUCAUAAAUUGUAUUUCAAAUGAUGAAAGUGUAAUGUACGAUCAGCAAAAACUGCCCUAUUUGCUGGUGAUAUUUUGAUAAAGUUGUUGUGAGUACUCUUAGCAGCUACCCGAUUUGGCUAUUGAUACCAUGCAUGUUUAUUUAUGUGCUUUGUUAUAUAGAAAGUGUCAUCAAACCCUUCAUCAUGAUCAUAUAAUUUGGUUGGCUGAAGUACUAAGUCAUAUUGACCAUGUUGACUUCAGACCAGUCCUUAGUUUGACCGCAAUCUGUAAAUAUUCAUAUGCGUACUUCCACUCAGGCAGGGUUUGCAAUAAGAAUUUUAUUUGAGGGAUUUUUUUUUUUUUUUUUCAUUUUGGAAAUUUGCAAUCCUUAGUCAUUAUAUUCACCCUUAUAUUAUUCUUUCAUCCGUAUUUUGUUUUAAUAGUUUAUUCCCUAAUACAUUCUCUCUCUCUCUCUCUCUCUCUCUCUCUCUCUCUCUCUCUCUCUCUCUCUCUCUCUCUCUCUCUCUCUCUCUCUCUCUCUCUCUCUCUCUCCUAAUGAUCUGAGUGAUUAAAAUUAAGUAAAAGGGAAUACCAUCUAUCUAUUCAUCAUGCCAUAUCUAUUAGAAGUUCUUCAUGUAUAUUUGAAAGUAAUAUUUCAAUGUUUUUUUAUAUACUUGUAGUGCCUGUGGUGUGGACUCUUUCCAUAGCAGUGCCUCUUUUUAUACUCCAUUCUUCUAGCUAUCAAUAAAGAAAAAGAAAAAAAAAUCAGUUAUGAAGAAAAAAAGUUAUGAAAAAUCUAGAUUUUGACAUUCCAGUAGAAUGUAGAAAUAGAUUCUUUAGCAUAAACAAAAAUAUUUAUAGUAGUCAGACUUUCUGUACGAGUGCCUCUAUGCCUGUGUAGUGGGGAGUAUAGAGCCAUUCAGCUUGCUAGGAAAUUGAAGUUCGGAGAUAGCAAAUUGAGUAUUUCAGAUUGUGUCAUAGUUAACAGGUAUUCAUCUGCCUUUGCAAAGAUGUAAAAGUACCCAAAUUGAGUUUUGAAUAGCUAAUUUUGAAGUUUACCCCUGAAAAACCACCACAUAUUUUGAUGUUUUGAUAUUUCUCACUUCGAACACUGAUUGAUAAUAUGUGAAUUUCAAAUGAUACUAUGGUUUGGAGAUGCAGGGUUCUUGAAUUAACUUUAUCAAUAAAUCAUUUUACCUGGUUUAAUUGAGUCUGUUAACAGUACUAUAGCUUUCAAUCAUACAUAUCCUGAUGAUAUCUGAUAUUACAUACUUCAAGCUUCAUAAGUUAUGAAGUGACUCUUGCCACUGUUUGUGCAAGAUGCUAGAUCAUAAAUCAUAUGAUAUGGGAUUUUUCCUAGCAGCUUUGAUCUUUCUUCCUUGUAACUCUCCUCCCCCCCCCCCCCCUUCAACAUUGAAUCUUGUAUGUAAAAUGAUGUCUACCUCAAAUGUUUAAGCUAUUAAUGAUAGAGGUCGUUUGAACCACCAUUGUUGUUUUUUGUAAUUUCAAUAAGAUAUUGGCUGAAUAAUGAAGAAACAAUCAGGAAUGGGGAAAAAUUGUUAAAAUGUGGCAUUAUAAGUGAACAUUCUUUAAAAUGUGUAGAGUGUCGUUUUUUUUAAAAUCAAGAAUGGUACACAGCUGAUAUCAUCUCAUGUAACUUGCCCAUUCUAUUUGAAAUUUUACAUUAAAUCAAUUCUUAUAGAAAUGGGAUCUCUUUGAUAUCGGUCAUAUAUGAUCUUGUAUAGAACCAGGCUGAAAGAUUUAAUGAUGUGCCUCUUAUGUGUGAAAAUUUUUAUGAGUACCUAUUAUUAUUCUUGUGUGAAAUUAGACUGUAUAUUUGUAUUCUAAACGAGACUUAGUGAAGAUAUAUAAUGUAAAAUGAGAAGGAAAUAAGUAAUUCUGUAUUGAAGUGAUCCUAUUUUGGUGGGUAGGCCUAUAUUUUAUGAGUGGUGCAUUUUUGGGCACAACUUCCCAUCCUGAUAUCUUAAAUUUUCCUAUAUUUUGGUUAGUUUGCUGGCUUUCUUACCCAGUGAUAUUUAAGGGAUUUGAUUUAUAGUUUUUUUGUUUUUGUUUAGAUUUUAACACAGUGUGUAAGUGUCACAGUGACCAUAAGCUAUAGUGAUUCUAACACUGUGAUUUCUUGUAUUGUAAUUGUUGAUAUAAGGCAAUGCAUGAGGUGUUUUGAAGGAAUUCAAAUAAUAAAAGAAAAAUAAGUGCCAUUCUGUUUUGACCAACUCUCCAUGAAAAACUUGCCAUAAGGAAAUCGUUGCCAAAAUACAGCAAUCUUGUCACAAAAUGUUACAAAGUAGCAAAGCUAAUGUAACCACUAACUCAACUCUCCUGAGCAAGAAAUUUAUAAAUCAUUUGGAAAUGUUUUAUAUUUGGUAAGGGUUGUCAUGAAAUAUCAGUGCUUUUCAUAGCAAAAGCAAUAUUAUUUUUAGAAAUUUAUCAGUUCACAACUCGUAUACUCUUACUCUCUCAUUUAUCGCCAGUAAGAAAAAAAGAAAUACAGUUUUUAUUGUAAGUGUGCUUGCUUGCUUGUUAACUGGAUUGACAUCAUCAAUUGUUUUUUGAGUAUUUACAUUAUGACAUUUGAUACAUGGAUAUUUAUUGUAGUCAGACUAUAAAAUAAUAAUGUAUUAUCUAGAGUGUUAUCGGGUCUAGGAAUGACUUGAUGUCAUUUUGAUUUGUUUUGUCAGGAAUUUUAGGUACGAUUCGUUUUUAGAUACCCUACAGUGUGGUAGAUGUGAUAUGUAUAUAAUGAUGUGAGACGAAUCUCUUUGUAUUGUUUUUUUUUUCUCUCUCUCUCUCUCUCUCUUUCUCUCUUUCUUUUGUUCAUGGUGUAUUUGGGCAUCUAGGGAUUCCGAAAAUAAAAUGGAAAGAAAAUGUAAA